AAUGUUUAUAUUCGCGAUCGUACACAUUCGCACGGGACCAGUUGCCGAGUGGCGUUGAGUGCGUAGUGAAACGGUGUCACUAUUUAAUUAUAUUAAGUCGGUUAAUAUUUAAGCACCAUUUUAUCACCCCACCAUGGAUCUUAACCGUGAAGAUGUGUUGAUUCUUUUCGACGUGGACGGAACGCUAACGACACCGCGCCAAUCCAUUACGGAGGAGAUGAAAACGUUCCUGUACGAAUCCGUGUUACCAAGGGCAACCCUAGGCGUGGUGGGUGGUUCGGAUCUGGAGAAGAUGUGCGAGCAGCUGAAUGGGCAAGAAUUUCUGCAAAAGUUCGACUACGUGUUUCCGGAGAACGGGCUGGUGCAGUACGAAUCGGGGAAAGAGAUGGGCAAAAUGUCUAUCAGUCAGCAUCUGGGGGAGGAUGUGCUGAAGCGAUUUAUCAACUACUGUUUGCAUUACAUUGCCGACCUGGAGCUGCCCAUCAAGCGCGGUACAUUUAUCGAGUUCCGGAACGGUAUGCUAAAUGUGUCCCCGAUCGGGCGCAACUGUUCCCGGGAAGAACGCAACCAGUUCUACGAGUACGACCAAACGCAUCGGGUGCGUCAGGCGAUGAUUGACCGACUGAAGGAACAAUUCUCCGAAGUGGAUCUUACGUACAGUAUCGGUGGACAGAUAAGCUUCGACGUGUACCCGGUCGGUUGGGAUAAAACGUUCUGCUUGCGUCACAUUUCCAAGCGAACGAAACCGUUCCGGGAAAUUCAUUUCUUUGGUGAUAAAACUAGUCCCGGUGGUAAUGAUUAUGAAAUUUUUAGCCACCCGCAAACCAUCGGACACCAGGUGGUGUCACCGGAAGACACCAGGAAGCAGUUGGCUGAGCUGUUGAAGUUGUAAAUUGAGCGAAGACGAAUACAGUGCGCGUUGUUUUUAUCUUCUAGUAGAUAGGUUUAUUCAACUCGCUUCCAUCUACGGAGGCACCGCCAAGGCAGCCACAGGUACGCCGGUUUGUCUUAAUUCGCAUUCGAAAAAAAAAACUUUGAGUCGGGAUACGGGACAAACACCGAAGCGUUGGAAAUGCGUGUGUGUAAAUGGAAUAUAAAUGCACUUUCAUCUAUCACAGAGA